AUGAAUCAAUCAUUGAUUGUUUCAACGAAUAGUACAAAUUCUGGCCUACAGCAAGUAUCAUCAUCAUCAUCAUUGUGUUUAAAGGGGAAAAUUAAUACCAUGGAUAAUGAGAAUAUGAAUAAAAAAACAAUGAAUAUCUCUAGUAGUUUAAGUAAUUUUAUUUCAUCUUAUGAUGAAUUAUUACUCAAUUCAGAUCAUGUAAAAUUUGAAGGGAUUGAAGAUGAUUCAAUCCAGUCAUUGUCAACAUCUUCCCCAUCAUCACAACCAACAACAACAACAACAACAACAACGAGUGAAAUGUUGGAAAAAUCAAAUUUCAAUCAUACUGAAUCAUUUCAACACGAAUAUUAUUCACUAAGUCAUCAUCAACCUAUGGAGAUGAGUAAUUUAAACUCACAACGUUCUUCAAAACGUGGGAGUAAAACAAGCUUGAAUAGUAUGGAUUUGGGGAGUACUAGUAACUGUACUACUAACGUCUAUGAUACUAGUAGUAUUAGUAGUAAUAACAAAACUAUAACAUUGAAUAUGAAUAAUAAAACACGAAAUUCAAACAGUACCAACAGUAAUAAUAAUGAUAAUAAUGAAGAACGUAAAUUAUUUGUCGGCAUGUUGAGUAAACAGCAAAAUGAAGAUGAUAUCAGGUCGUUAUUCGAACCAUUUGGUACAAUUGAAGAGUGUACAAUACUUAGAGAUCAAAGUGGAAACAGUAAAGGAUGUGCAUUUGUAAAGUUCUCUACACAACAAGAAGCUCAAUCCGCUAUUCUAACGUUACACGGAAGUCAGACAAUGCCGGGUGCUUCGUCAAGUAUUGUUGUGAAAUUUGCUGACAGUGAAAAAGAACGUCAUACAAGAAAAAUUCAACAGUUGAUCGGUCCUAUGGGUUUGUUCAAUCCAACCAUAGCUUUAUCACAAAUCAAUGGAAAUAUGUAUUCUCAAAUGUUGGAGAAUAUGGCUCAAACAACAGGUUAUAUAAAUCCAGUCGCAGCACUAGCACUACAACUUCAACAUGCCAGUCAGUUGGCUACUGUUAACUUACCAAACAAUGUCUCCAACCUAGCUAUGAUAUCAGCAUUGACCAACAGCUCCAGUGGACAUCUUGGUUGUGGUCCAUUAUUGCAUAAUCCACGUUCAGGUGCUAUAUGUCAUGCUAAUCCAAUGGCCACAGCUGCAGCUGUACUUGGCCUAUCAACAGGUAAUCCACAACUGACUCAAAUGUCGCCUCAACUUGCAGCUUUGACAAGUGUGAACAAUACAUGUGUUACAGGAGAAGUUGGAAAUGGUAAUAAUAAUAAUAACAAUUCUAAUACAAGUGGGAAUUCUGCUGCUGCUGCAGCUGCUGCCGCUGCCGCUGCAGCCGCUGGACUUAGUACAAAUGCAGCAAUGGCAGCAGCAGCUGCAGCUGUUGUUGCUAUGGCAAACGGAAAUAUGACAGGAAAUGUAAACUCAAAUGGAACAGGAAAUGGUUUAACUGGACAAACAAUGAGCUUAGGAUCUCCUGGAGCUGGUGGCCCUACACUAACUUUACAUACAAUUCCAGGUACGCAUACACCUUCAGCUACGCUUAGUAAUCUUGGAAAUGUAUCUCUACCGCUAAAUCAAGCAAUUUCAAACGCAUCCUUUGGACUGAACACACUGACAUCCCCAUUGGCUGGAAUUCCUACAGAUGCACUCUCCCAUCUUUAUCCCAGUGUUCCAACAUAUGGAUUACCGUAUCCUUCACCGGUUACAUCAGCUUUAAAUCCAUUCGCUUCAAUGGCGCAUCAAGCACUUACAAUGCCUAUACAACAAAAAGAAGGCACUAAGGAUUUAAUUUUAACAGGACCAGAGGGAUGCAAUCUUUUCAUUUACCAUCUACCACAGGAAUUUGGCGAUCCAGAAUUGGCUCAAAUGUUUAUGCCAUUUGGAACGGUAAUCAGUGCUAAAGUAUAUGUUGAUCGUGCAACAAAUCAAAGUAAAUGUUUCGGUUUUGUUAGCUUUGAUAAUUCAACUAGUGCACAAACUGCUAUACAAGCAAUGAAUGGUUUUCAAAUCGGUAUGAAACGUUUAAAAGUUCAAUUAAAACGUCCUAAAAAUGAUUCAACAAAACCCUAUUAA